AUGAAUUGGGCGUUCCUGUUUUAUGGCAAACCCUGCAGCGGGAAGGACACCUUCAUAAAUUCACUCUUAAGGAAGAGGAAACAGCUGGAGUUGUUCCUCUACCUUCUUAGACAUUUGGUAGACAAUAAUGAGUCUUAUGUGCGUCUAAAGGAGAAGAUAUUUUUUAUCCAACUGAUUAAAUAUUACUAUGGGGUUCGCAAUCGGAAGAGGAAGGUUUCGAUAUCUUCCGGUUAUGAGGGGGAGACUGAUCGGACAGUGUCCUUCCCCUUUUUGGUUCAACUAACGAGGCAUCUCCUUCACAUUUGGAGGAUCUCUGGGUCGAUCCCCCAUGCGGGCUUUAAAAGGGGAACGAAAAGGGCUAAAAAUGGAAAGGCAGAGGAACAACUCCUACGUGGAGCUCCCCCAAGAGAAACCACCCGUCAAGUUCACCCAACCCUGCGCAAAGCCCCCCAAGGGAACCCUAUCAGCAGGAGGAGUGACCUCCCAAACCAGUCAAGCAGCUUCCACCUGAUUUGCUACUUGUACAAACAGAAAGAUCAAUGGAUGGGUUAUUAUCGUUCCUACUUACGUAGAAAUAAAAUAAAAAUUUUUCACUUAUCGCUCGAUUUUAUAGAGAAACAGUUAUAUCGUGAAGGCCCACCCGAAGUGACCUCCUUCUUAUGUCCAGCGAAAGUCCGUCAAGGAAAACUUCAUCUGUUACUGAACAGAAGGUACACCGUUUAUGGGAGGGAGAAACAUGAUUGGGGGGUUUACUACCCUAUCGUGAAGAAGACCACAAUCAAGGGGGGAGACAUUAUGCUGAUCGGGGGGGACAGCGGCACGAACAGCGAGAAAGUAGCGAACAUAGCAAAGGGAGCAAGCGGGACGUACAUCGCCAAAGUAGCGAAGAGAGCAAAAAAACCGACGUGUGCUAACCAAGUUAAGUACUGGAGGACGGCCAGACGCAUUGCCUACGCCUACUGUGCAUCCCUAAUGCAGGCGGAGAAUCAGCGGAGUAGUAGCAGCCCCCGCGGGGAAAUCGCUGAGCAUACCUUUAUCCUCCUCAACGACACAUUCCACCUCCCCUCAAUGAGGAAAAAGUACUACCUUCUCUGCAGGAAGUACCACUUCAAAUACGCGCAGAUUUACCUAAACGCGCCCCUCAACAUGUGUUUAGAACGAAACCGACGGAGGAAAAAAUUCAAGCCCAUAGCAAACAAGACGAUUGUGCGGAACCACUUUUAUCACCAGAAAUAUGCCGUGCGGUUUAGAGGAGAAAGUCAGACGAGAUCACCCAACGGGGUUACUGUCGUACCUGGGGGUACCAAGUGGCAGAAGAAGGUUCUCUCCAUUCAGGUGGACUCCUCAGUUCCGGAAAAGCUUACAGAAGCACUGCGAUUCAUCUAUUGCCAUUUGGACGAAUUGAGAAAUGAAUCAAGGGGAAACCAGACUCGCAAAGUGCAGGAAAUAAAGCGGGAUAAUCUUCCAAACCGCCUGGAUAUGUUAAACCUCAUGAUUAACAAAAUAAUUCACGAGAAGGUGAAGUCCCUCCCGAAUGAACGGAAGAAUGAAUGUGCCAAGAAAUUCCGCGUAAUUAAACUGAGGCUGUUAAGAGAAUGCAGGGAUGGUAAGGAUUAUAUCAUGGAGGACCUCGAUGAUAUGUUUGUCGUGGAGUAG